CGGCAACAGUCACUUUAAAAGUCACCGAUUCCGCUAAAGUGAACAACAGAUUGGUUCAACACGUUCAAGCGGCAACAACUUUAAGUUAACUACAACAGCAGCAGAAGCAGCAAUAUAACAAAUACAAGUGUGCGGUUUCUCGAGAAAGCAGUUAAAGUGCAGUAUAAAAAGCAAUAAAGUGCAAAAUAAAAAAGUUUGUAAAUUUUAAUAAAAAGUGUUGCCAUUGCAAAGUGCCGACCGAAGUAGCAAAAAGACCAGCAAAAACAUAUGAAAUUUUUGUUUGCGUUUAUUUCUUGUGGAACGAAAGUUAAGUGAAACGAACAGCACAAAAGCGCAGCCACGGAAACAACAGAAAACGAAUGCUAAAACGAACGCACUUCCAGUGUAAAACAACAAAAAUUAAGGCAGCAGCAGUAAAGCGUUAAUUCACAACAACGAUAAGCAAUCGGUGUAUUAUAAAUACUGUUUUUCGUUAUUGUAGUGAUUUUGGUUGGCAUUUUCGGUCAACAUUUAAUCUAUACGAACGGCUGCGAGUAAAAGUGAUUUUGUUACUGAACGCAACGCACGUCGUCGUUGUCGUUGCUUAGUACUUUUCUUUUCGGCAUUCGAGCUAUUUAUUUUUUAAUUUGACACGCAACGCCACUUAACUGUUAACUGCAAAGCAAAUGCGCUGAUCAAGCCAACUCACUGGUAAAUAGUUCAACAUCUUUGGGUAAAAUAUUCAGCACCGGCUGCAUAUCGUAGACAAUUAUUUGCCACUUGCAACAGCAAGUAACAAAUCAUCGAAAUGAAGUUGUUCUACAUUUUGCUGCUCACACUCCCUCUACUUGCGCACAGCUAUCCCGCGGAAAGUGAAGACAAAUCUAUCUCACUGGAAGAGGUCGAGCUGCCCGAUAGCGACCAUGCAGCUUCAGGCGGCGAGUCACAAAUACAGAAACGUUCUGGAAGUUUCGAUUACGUUGCGCAUUUGAAGUCUGGUCUACUCUCCAGCAUUGGGCAAGAAUCCGCGUCCAUAGCCUCGGGCAGUUCGGGCGGCAGUAGUGGUGGCGGCGGCGAUGGCUACAAGUCAUACGAAUCGGCUCAUGGCAACUCGGUGGAUUACAAUCCAUGGACAUUUAAGAAAUCUGUACUCAACACCAUCUUCCAGGCAGUGAAAGCAAUUACUGGUGGUGUGACAGCGCUCAAAGGUCAACUGAUAAAGGGUAGCGGUUACGCGUUGAGCGCUAGUGGCAAUUUGGUUGCUUCCUCUGGCGACAAAGUGACCGAUGUUGGCAAAGCAAUCAUCAAUUCGGCGCAAAUAAAUUCGCAUGGCUAUGGUGCUGGCGCCUCGGUCCAUCCCUUCGCCAAAUUUAGCUCAUUUUCGGGUGCUUCAUCGGGCGGUAGCAGCGGCGGUGGCGGCAAUAAGCACCCUGGUCCACCUGUGGUGCACACAGAGACGAUUACUACAUAUGAAAUUCCUCCUGGCCAUAGCAACUACGGCCCACCCUCGAAGCCGCCAACCUACAGCUCAGCAACGCAUCAAUACUUGCCACCAGCAUCGGGCGGGUACAAUGGCGGCGGAGCGCCGUUCAGCAGCGGACAUGCGGCAUUCGAAGCGCCCGCCAGCAAUUAUCUGCCAACCGGCUACUCGAACGAUGGACACAACGAUGAUUUCAACAUUUACGGACGCCACCAGAAACUUAGCGAAGCGGACACACUUAAAGCCGCCGCACAACUACAGGAAAUCCUUAGCCUCCUACCUAGCGGCAAAACGGAAUUCACCGCCUCGAAGACAGUCGUGCUGGGCACACACGGUCAUGGAUCAGCACACACUGGACCUGGUGGAGACUUCAAUAAUGAGAGUGUUGAUCUACACACCUACGGUCUGCCCAAUGACUUGGGACCGCUGGAGUCAUUGUCACACACUGAAUCCAUAACCGCAGCAUAUGCGAAACGACCAGACAAUCCCUCCGAUAUUUAUCAUCAAAUGGCGAAGAAACAAACAGCGGAAGAGAUUUAUAUACAGAAACAUCCCAAUGAGGGCUACGAUUACCGGCCGACAAGCCCACCACCCACUGGCGGGAAGGCUGAGCAAGGUGGCGGUUAUAAGUACAACAACUAUCAUGCAGCAAACAGCGCACUGAAGGAUCUAACGCCCAUUAUAGCCGCACUAGAGGUGGCUAAACGACGCGGUUCCACGCAAAACGAUGUGUCAAAACACUUCACUGUGGAGAAAAGCGUCUAUAAAGGGGCGCCACAGUCUACAUCAAAGUCGAAUAAUCAAUUUAAGUAUCUACCAGCUUCAGUGCAGAAGACGAAACACAUAUACUUCGAUCCUGCACAAAAUAAGGCCGAUAAUGAGUAUCAGCCAACAUAUGUGCCACCUCUACCAUCAGCACCGUCAGUCUCGGCCAUCGGCGCUGCUGCGCCACCACCACCGCCACCAUCAUUACCUCAAGCCGCAGCGACUGCGCCAUCACACAGCUACGCCGCGCACCAUACUUCUUCGUACAACACUCAUCACACCCCCUUGCACCCAGUUUAUCACGCUCCGGCUGCGUCUACGCGUCCUUACAAAGUGCGUCGCCAAGUGCCGAGCACUUCGGUUACGACGUUGAAGGUGCACACGGCACCUUACUUCAAGCAUCACGACUACGAAAUACAUGAUCCGCUCGUGUUCAAUCGCAUGUUAUCCUUUUGAGUGCUGCGCUGAGUGAGCGGGUACUCCGUAAAGACAUUUCGAAUUGCAUUUUAUACAAACGUACAUAUUUGUUAAUUAA